UCAGGAGGUUGCAAUGAGUGGAGGAGGGGAGCAGCCUGACAUCCUCAGUGUGGGAAUCUUGGUCAAAGAAAGAUGGAAGGUGUUGAGGAAAAUAGGAGGCGGAGGAUUUGGAGAAAUUUACGAUGCACUGGACUUGCUUACUCGGGAAAAUGUUGCACUGAAGGUCGAAUCAGCUCAGCAGCCAAAGCAAGUGCUGAAAAUGGAAGUAGCUGUGUUGAAGAAAUUGCAAGGAAAAGAUCAUGUCUGUAGAUUCAUUGGAUGUGGAAGGAAUGACAGAUUUAACUAUGUGGUCAUGCAGUUGCAGGGUCGGAACUUGGCAGACCUGCGUCGGAGCCAGUCUCGAGGAACAUUCACCAUCAGUACCACUCUGCGGCUUGGGAAGCAGAUUUUGGAAUCUAUUGAAAGUAUUCAUUCUGUCGGAUUCCUGCACAGGGACAUAAAACCAUCUAACUUCGCAAUGGGACGUUUUCCUAGCACCUGUAGGAAGUGUUACAUGCUGGAUUUUGGCUUGGCACGGCAAUUUACCAACUCAUGUGGGGAUGUCAGACCACCACGAGCUAUCGCUGGUUUUCGAGGGACAGUACGAUAUGCAUCAAUCAAUGCUCAUAGAAACAGAGAAAUGGGUCGGCAUGAUGAUCUCUGGUCCCUGUUCUACAUGUUGGUGGAAUUUGUGGUUGGGCAACUGCCUUGGAGAAAAAUAAAAGAUAAGGAGCAAGUGGGCUCCAUUAAGGAAAGGUACGAGCACAGACUUAUGUUGAAACAUCUUCCUCAAGAAUUCAACAUCUUUUUGGAUCACAUUUCUAAUUUAGAUUACUUUACAAAGCCUGAUUACCAGCUUCUCAUGUCUGUGUUUGACAACACCAUGAAAACGUUUGGGGUUAUUGAAAGUGACCCUUUUGACUGGGAGAAGAGUGGAACUGACGGCUCUCUGACAACCACAACAACUUCAACCACACCUCAGUUACACACUCGUCUUACUCCGGCUGCAAUUGGAAUUGCCAAUGCCACUCCUAUCCCAGGAGAUUUGCUGCGAGAAAACACAGAUGAAGUGUUUCCUGAUGAACAGCUCAGUGAUGGAGAGAAUGGUAUUCCAGUUGGUGUCUCACCAGAGAAACUACCGGGAUCCCCUGGGCAUCAGCGUCCUCAGGAAAAAGAUGUUUGGGAAGAAAUGGAUGCAAACAGAAACAAAAUAAAACUAGGGAUCUGUAAGGCUGCCACAGAGGAAGAAAACAGCCAUGGGCCAGUGAAUGGAAUGCUUAAUGCACCGAGUCUUGGUUCUCCCAUUCGUGUUCGCUCAGAGACCACCCAGCUAGACAGGGAUGUCCCACUGGUGCGAAAGUUACGUUCAAUUCACAGCUUUGAACUGGAAAAGCGUCUGACGUUGGAGUCAAAGCCAGACACUGAUAAAUUUCUUGAGACCUGUUUGGAGAAGAUGCAGAAAGACUUGAAUGCUGCGGCAGAGACUCCUGUUGCUGCUGUUCCUCCUCUUUCUCAGAAAACACCCAUUCCUGCUCCUGUGACUGCCCGCAUGGACCAUGUUUGGCACUAUGAUGAAGAAUAUCUUCCAGACGCUUCAAAGCCUGUGUCAGCUAGUUCUCCAGAACAUGUUGAUGGUGUUAUUAGCAAUGGAUUUGUAGCUGUCAACUUAAGCUCCUGCAGGCAGGAGGUUGAUUCUAAGGAAUGGGUGAUAAUAGAUAAGGAACGGGACUUGCAAGACUUCAGGACAAAUGAGGCUUUAGGGCACAAAACGACUGGAAGUCCCUCAGAUGAAGAGCCAGAGGUACUGCAAGUUCUAGAGGAGUCCCCUCCAGAAGAGCAGCCCAGGCAGGAUGGUUGGGCAGGAAACAGUGUCCAUGCCAAGAAUCAAACCUCAGGGGUGGAGUUUGUUCUAGCCAUGGAGUGUCAUCCUGCGGCUUCCGAACAGCUUACAGAUAAAUUGGAACUUCUGUCCGGAGCUGCUGGACAGCUUCUUGCAGCCACCCCUACAAGUCCUAUGGAAGCUCAAGCAGAAGGAGCACUCACUCCGAUAACAAUACCCAGACCUUCAGUGGCAUCCACACAGUCUGCUUCAGAGAGCUUUCAUUAUGGCCACCAGCUAGAGAAAAGAGAGCAGGAUGCUCAGUCUAUGGAACACACCGUGGAACUUUCCUCUCCAAAGGAAAGUUUCCCAGGUUUGGUUGUGACAGAAGACACACUUCCAGCUAGUGCCAGCAGACCAGAUUUGGUACUUAAUAUCAGCCAAGAGGUGCUUGACAGGGAAGGACUUGUCAAAGAAUGUGUCAACGUCCUGGACUGUGGCCAAAAGGACCUACCUGAACAACAUAGUGGGAUACAGGAAGAGAAGGAACUUGAAAAUAUUCCUGUAGAGGAGGCUGAGAAAGAAAGGCUUCCAGUGGUUUCUGAGGAUGCCAUUGAAAUACUAAGCAAAGAACAGAAUUCUUCUUUGCCAGGAAACUCAAAAUCUGCAGAGGAAGAACCUCUAACGAAUACUGAAGCUGCUGAAGAAUCAAAGCCAAGGCCCGUCUGUUUGGUGCCAAAUCAAGAUGAGGUUCUGAAGUCAAAAGCACCUAAAACAUCAGAAUUUUCUCCCUCAAGACUUACCAACCCACAUGUUAGUAGACAGGCAAGCAAAAUAGCACCAGUUCAGGAAAAUGGUUUUCAUUCUAAUAAGGAAGAAGUCCGUAUCCAAGACUUGAAAUGCCAUCAAGUGGCCCUUACUACUUUUUUGCACCAGGAGGACAAAAAAGAGAAAAAUUCUCCCAGAAAUGGAGAGUUAUUCCACUGCAUUUCAGAAAAUGAGAAUUCUCAUCGAUCUAAGAAGGACUUAGUUAAAUCUCCUUUUGUAUUCAGGCAGAGCCGAAUCCCAGUUUUAGCACAAGAGAUAGACUCAACGUCAGAGUCCUCUUCUCCUGUUUCAGCAAAGGAAAAGCUUCUUCUAAAAAAGGCCCAUCAGACAGACUUGGUCAGACUACUUGUGGAAAAGAGACAGCUCAAAUCUUUCCUUGGUGACCUCUCAAGUGCCUCUGAUAAGUCACUGGAGGAAAAAAUGGCUGCUGCUCCAGUACCGUUUUCUGAGGAUGAUGUCUUGUCCUCAUUUUCUAGAUUGACACUGGACUCUCAUUUCAGCAAGCAGACAGAAGAUAGCUCUUUAUCUCCAAGCAGCCCUCAGUCCAGAAAAAGCAAGAUCCCAAGGCCAGUGUCCUGGGCAACCACUGAUCAAGUCACCAGUUCAAGUUCAGCUCAGUUCUUUCCUCGGCCACCACCAGGAAAACCGCCUACUAGACCUGGGGUAGAAGCUAGGUUACGCAGAUACAGAGUCCUAGGGAGUAGCAGCUCGGACUCAGAUCUUAUCUCUCGUCUGGCUCAAAUCCUACAGAAUGGAUCUCAAAGACCAAGGAGUUCUACCCAGUGUAAGAGUCCAGGAUCUCCACAUAGUCCAAAAACACCACCCAAAAGCCCUGUCAUCCCCCGACGCAGUCCCAGUGCCUCCCCUAGGAGCUCUUCUUUACCCCGUACUGCCAGUUCUUCUCCGUCCCGGGCUGGGAGACCCCAUCAUGAUCAGAGGAGUUCAUCUCCACAUCUUGGGAGGAGUAAAUCACCUCCUAGCCACUCAGGCUCCUCAUCUUCUAGGAGAUCCUGUCAACAAGAGCACUGCUGCAACAAACCAAGCAAGAAUGGUCUGAAAGGAUCUGGCAGUUCCUUCCACCAUUCCCCAAACACUAAGACUCCCACAGGAAAGAGCAAAUCAACCACUAAACUUAGCAGAUAGGAACUGGGCCUU